GCUAACCAGCUGGACUGACGGACGGUUCUUUAGCCGCGGCAGAGACGGAUCUGACGGUCAGACAGGAUGCCUUUCUCCGAGCUUUAUUUUAACGUUGAUAACGGGUACCUGGAGGGUCUGGUGAGAGGAUUUAAAGCCGGAAUACUGUCCCAGGCGGAUUAUUUAAACCUCGUUCAGUGUGAGACCCUGGAAGAUCUGAAGCUCCACCUGCAGAGCACAGACUAUGGCAGCUUCCUGGCAAAUGAGGCGUCUCCACUCACCGUAUCUGUCAUCGACGACAAGCUGAAGGAGAAGAUGGUAGUGGAGUUUCGCCACAUGAGGAACCAGUCAUAUGAGCCACUGGCCAGCUUCAUGGACUUCAUCACGUACAGCUAUAUGAUUGAUAACGUCAUCCUGCUGAUCACGGGCACCCUCCACCAGCGCGCCAUCUCCGAGCUGGUGCCAAAGUGUCACCCACUGGGCAGCUUCGAGCAGAUGGAGGCCGUCAACAUCGCCCAGACCCCCGCCGAGCUUUACAAUGCCAUCCUGGUGGACACGCCACUGGCUGCUUUCUUCCAGGACUGCAUAUCUGAACAGGACUUGGAUGAGAUGAACAUUGAAAUAAUUCGUAACACACUUUACAAGGCUUACCUGGAGGCCUUUUAUAAGUUCUGCUCCAACCUCGGAGGAACCACAGCUGACACCAUGUGUCCCAUUCUGGAGUUCGAGGCCGACAGGAGAGCCUUCAUCAUCACCAUCAACUCAUUCGGGACAGAGCUGUCCAAGGAGGACCGCGCCAAGCUCUUCCCCCACUGCGGCAAGCUUUACCCAGAAGGCCUUGCUCAGCUGGCCCGGGCAGAUGACUACGAGCAGGUCAAGGCUGUCGCUGAUUUCUAUCCUGAGUACAAGCUGCUGUUUGAAGGCGCCGGCAGCAACCCAGGAGACAAAACACUGGAGGACCGUUUCUUCGAGCAUGAGGUGAAGCUGAAUAAGCUGGCCUUCCUCAACCAGUUCCACUUCAGUGUCUUCUACGCCUACGUAAAGCUGAAGGAGCAGGAGUGCAGGAACAUCGUAUGGAUCGCAGAGUGCAUCGCACAGCGGCACCGCGCUAAGAUCGACAAUUACAUUCCUAUCUUCUGAGCCUUCUCUUCCUCUCUCUCCUUCUUCUUCCCAUCAUCAUUUCAUUGUUCUUAUGUCUUGAGCGGUGUCUCCAGUCCCACCUUGGUGUGAAAGUUUCUGGUGGUUUGAUGCUAAAUUUUCUCCGUUCUUCACUCACAGGUGUAAACUGGAGUAACGUGAGCACCAGCCAGGCUCAUUAUUGCUUACAAAGUCAAACAUAAUCAACUGAAACACAGAGCUUUGAGCUGGAAAAAAAACAGGCGCCUGGUCGGCAGCUCAUUUGACUUUCAAACACUCCUCUGAUUGUUUCGACUUUCUGACGCUCAGUGUGUUGUUUGUUGCGACGCGCCCUGACCACCUGACACAUUGGCUGGCAAAA